UGCCACAUUUGAGUGCCGAGAAGAGAAACAGAAUAGGAAAAAUGAAGGACACAGGAUGUCUCACAACACAUAUUCUCUCCAUGUUUUUCCUGUUUGUAUCCUGUUUUUCAUGGAAUUCGGCCAUUUAUAACAACAAUCAACGACCACAAGUGCGACCUAAAGGCUUGCAUUACCUGGUCAGGCCAGUGCAGACUGAGUUUUUCACUCGCCGAGGGGGUAAUGUUACCCUGCCCUGCCUCCUGCGGGUCAAACCCAACAAUUAUAAAGUGAAGUGGACAAAGCUAGAGGAAGAUAAGCUUGGUGUGGAGAACCUCAUACUGAUUACCAAUGGCGUGCAGCAGCGAGGUUAUGGACCUUUGGCAGUACGUUCCAGCUUGCGCAGGGUGAACCCAAUGGAGUCCUCUCUCCACAUCACUGAUGUUUCCUUGGAUGAUGAUGGGAGUUAUCGUUGUGAGCUCAUAAAUGGCCUUGAGGAUGAAAGCAUUACUCUGACUCUACAUCUUGAAGGAGUUGUAUUUCCUCUCCAAAACGUCAAUGGCCGCUACAAAUACAAGUAUUAUGAAGCAGAAAAGGCUUGUGAGGAUCAAGACGCUAGACUGGCUACAUUUUCACAGCUUUAUAAAGCAUGGUUAAAUGGCCUAGACUGGUGCAACGCCGGUUGGCUCAAGGACGGCACUGUUCACUACCCAAUCAUCCACUCCAGAGAGCAGUGUGGUGGGAAAGAACUUCUUCCAGGAAUCCGCAGUUACGGGCAACGGGAUAAAAUCAACGACCAAUUUGAUGCAUUCUGCUUUACAUCGACGAUUAAAGGUCAAGUUUACUUCACCAAGGGUCGCAAGACUUUCAGAGAUGCUGUGCAGUCCUGCCAGAGUCAAGGUGCUGAAAUUGCUACGGUAGGCCAGCUAUAUGCAGCUUGGCAUUUCUCUCGAUUGGACCGCUGUGAUGGUGGUUGGCUCGCUGAUGGCAGCGUUCGCUUCCCUAUCACCACCCCCCGGGCUCGUUGUGGUGGACUACUUGAACCUGGGGUGCGUAGUUUUGGAUACCCAAAAAAGGCUUUGCGUUCCUAUGGGGUCUACUGUUACCACAUCAAGUAAAUCAGAAUAGUAAGCGACAGCAGGGAAAAGACAGAAAAGAGUGCCUCAUGUUUCUUGGCGAACACAAACUCCGGUUUUGGUUUCAUUUCUUGCCAGUAAUGCCUGUUGCUCCACAGAGUUAAUAGGUCCCAAGUAUAUCUGACGUUUGCCAUUAUGUAUUUUGGGAAGAGUUUUUCCACUAUUUAUUUUUACUUAAAUCAGUAAGUUGCUAUUCAAGAAAAACUCUUUUUGUUCUACUUUUUUUGAAUAUGAAUCUGGAAAAGCUCCUACAGCUCCUUUUGCGCAAAGCAUCCUAUUCACUGUAAGUCCUAUUUCCAUUUCUCAGAAGAUGUCUAUUACACCAACUGUCACUGCCCUUAGAGAAAAAUGAGCAUGGCUGAUCUCACUUUCCGUGUGUUUCUUUUGCAAGUGUGAGUAUCGCAUCUGAACAGUGAACAGGGUCAGCAGUGCACAGAGAAAUAUAUAAAGCAGCUGAAGAUCCGUUACCAGUCUUAAUCAUAUCACAUUCAUGCAGCAGUCUGAUCUGCCCAGAGAGCAAAGGAAGAGGCCAUGCUGAGCACAAGAAAAGUCAAACAGAGCUUUAAUAACAAAAAACAUUUUAUUUUUGAUUUUAUGAAGUGCUGCUAUUAAAACCAAAGCCUGUAGGGUUUGUUUUUAAUUAGUUUGCUCAACAAUUAAUGCACCAUUUGACUAGCAUGGUUUUUGUGACUUGUCAAUGUUGUACCUUCUUCAGAGUUAUUAUCACUGUGUCCUGCUUAUUAACUGAUAUGUAUUUGUGUUCUUUCCUUAGCCACAUUAUUAACUUUAUUAUUACUUGACUCCAUCCUUCAGUGUAAUAUUCCAUUUUUGAAAAAUGAUUGCUACCUGUUCUGCCUUUCUGAAAAUAAAAGUGCUUCUGAACAGAAAA